CCUGCCAUACUGUAGUCUGAAUGACAGAGGGGACAUGCAUGGUUAUCGCACAACUUCACAUGAAAUGUUUCAUUGUCAUAGCAGACCCUGUUUGCCAUAUUUGAAUCUUCUACUCCUAUGGCUUUGAGCAAUUCCUUCAGCUGAGGUAACCUGCUGCUCUUUUAAAGCUGACACUGUGGGACUGCAGGCGGAAGUGAGAGGCAGGAGGAUAUGCUGCGUGUCCUGUCCCAGAGGGCCAUGCAGCAGGUGGGCGCACUGCGGCGCCUGCUACUGGGCCCAGCGCUGAGCGCCACCCUCCCCGCAGGGGUGCGGUGCACAGGGGGAGCAGCCCUCUGCCCCCGCUGGGUGAGCACCUCGGUGGCUGCGAGGGCCGUUGAGCCACGCAAGCCCAGCGCAGAAGAGGAGACUCAGCUCGCCCCUCCCCAGAGCCAGGCUGGCACCGACCCGCAGUACGCAGCGGACCCAGGGCAGGCACAUGGGGCAGCCCUAGAGAACCCCCCAGAGGCCGACCCGCUACAGGACAAAUCCAUCGGCCUCUUCCAAAGGUUCAAAAAGACCUUUAAACAGUAUGGCAAAGUCAUGAUCCCAGUGCAUCUCGUGACCUCCUCCGUGUGGUUCGGCACGUUUUAUUACAGUGCCAUGAAGGGGGUGAAUGUGGUCCCUUUCCUGGAGUUUAUAGGCUUACCUGAAAGCUUAGUUGGCCUACUGAAAGAUUCUCAGAGUGGCUACGCCCUCACUGCCUAUGCCAUGUACAAGAUUGCAACACCGGCCAGGUACACUGUGACCUUGGGUGGAACAUCUUUCACAGUGAAGUACCUCCGCAAGCAUGGCUACUUAUCUACUCCGCCCCCAGUGAAGGAGUACUUUCAGGACAAAAUGGAGGAGACCAGGGAGCGCCUGACAGAAAAGAUGGAAGAGACAAAAGAAAGGUUUUCGGAAAAGAUGGAGGAGACGAGAGAGCUUCUCUCAGGCAGGAUGGAGGAGACCAAAGAACGCCUCUCUGAGAGAAUGGAAGAAACAAAGGACAAGAUCACUGAAAAACUGCAGGAAACCAAAGACAAAGUGUCUUUCCGAAAAAAAGCAGAGUAGAUUUAGUUUACAACAACACACUUAACUCACUGUAAUUGCAUUUCAGAUUAUUGCACAGCCUGUCUCAUUGAAUUGUAUGUGCCUAGUCCCGUUCUAAUCCCACUGAGUUUACUUCCUCCUGUUAUAUGCAUACUCUGGUUUACUGCGUAAUGCCACAGAAAUCCUGAGCACAUGCAAUUAUCCAGAGCCUGCCAUAGUGAAAAAAACUCAAAAGGUUUCUAUUACAGUUUGGGGGCAGAAGGAUAAUGCACAGUAAUCUGUCCAAGAGGUGAUGUAAUAUUGUUCCAUUUCAAAAUAGUCUUUUUGGUGUUUCAUGUAUCUUAGUCAUAUCACUUUGUUCUGAAAUUCCGCAGCAAAAAAGCUGAAAGGUGAUAAUAACAUCAUAUGACUGCUGGUUGUUCAUGUAUUUUUACCCACACUGCUACACUUCACAAUUCAUAAGGGAGUUCUUAUGAUGGUCCUUGAAAGCACUUAGCUGUGGGCAAUAAAUGCUAGUCGAAUACCAGCGUUAAAAUCAAUCUCUGCUUAGACCACUGAGGCCUAUUUUUAAGGCUAGAGCUGCCAUCUUUCUUCAAUGUUUAAAGACAGAGUUGUUUUAAAAUUGUAUUUUCUCUGAAGUAUUUAUAUGGCCUUCUUCGAAGCUAAUAUAUUUUUGCUUUGUUUGAGAAUCAUAGUAUGCCUAAUUCAUUCUGUAACAAAAUGUGUCCAUGAUGGUGUACUUAAUUUGCAUUUGGAUGCAAAUUGAUAAUUGCACUGAACAGCUGUGAUUGGGUUUCAAGGCCAUGAUUGUAAUAAUUGUACAAAAUGGCAAGAUGUUUAGGGGAAUUCCCACCUGAACUUGAAAAAUGGAUGUUGUUUCUUACCUUAAGAGCAGUUGAUGUGAUGUCUUUUAUGGGAAAAAUCCAGUGACUUGAGGAUAAUAUUUUAGUUUCCUGCAUCACAAGGAGACCCUCUCAGACUCGUUACUGUAGUAAAUGGAGAUGGUACCCUUCUUUGGAAGUAUCCAUCUGGUAAAAUUCUUGGGGCUGACAGUUUAGGUGGAAUUCCCCUAUAAUGUUUAGAGACUUAAAUAGAAAAAGCACAUUUGGGUAGCUGAACCACCUCUUCUGAAGGAUGGUCCCAUAGGCAUAUUCAGUCAACUAGGUGUGCCUGUGGGAUGGGUAUGUCAGAUUAUAAACGUGUUAUGAAUCUCACCGUUUGUGGUUUACACCUGCAGCCAAGAGGUGAAACUCUCCGUCCUUAAUGCUACGCGGUCAAGCAAUAGAGUAUUAUCUACUCAAAAUGUACUGAUUUUGAAUAGUGUGCUGUAAGACCUACAAACAUAAAUAUAGCCUAAUGCAUGACUGAUUUUGAAUGAUGAAACUUGGAAUAAUUUAUGAUUGAUUAUAGAAGUCUAGCAUGGUAGAGUUGGCUGAAAAGUACCAACCGCAGUGCCUCAUGGGGUAAUAUAAGAACUAAGGUCCCAUCUGACUCUGGUUCAGAGUUGUGCAGCAAUGCUAUUAAAACAUGGUACAACUAUUAGAGACCGAAAUCCAUCAAACCAAUUAACUUAAUGCAGUUCUUGCCUUUGAUUAGCGGAGCGGGGUAAAUGCAGGUGAAUGCUUCUGAUACAUGUUUCAACAAUUUGAUACUAGAAAGGGAAACUUGCAGCCCCUUUGACAUAGCGUUCAGUUCAUAGGUGUAGAAUAUCACGGGUUUUGACUAAAAUUUGUCCUAUCAGCAAGGGAGAUUAUCUUAGGAGAUACAGGGGGACCGCCAAGUCCUCCUUUGUGCCCAAGAGUUGAGGUGUAUCUAUUUUGACUUAACAGUGCCAAACGUGCUGUGUUAGAUAUACUGGGAGGUUCCACCAGUCCUGGCUUUUCUCCAUUACAUUUCACCUGGAAAAACAAUAUUAGUUUGGCACAUCACAUUUGUCUCAGGUUUCUGUAAAAUUGCCAUAUAACAAUAUGUAUACAGUAGAAUGUGAUCAAACUGCAAAUGGUCCCAAGAUUCAACCAGGGAAAUAAAAGAA